CCACAAUUUCAAAAGAAUUUGUCUUGGCUGUCUGCCUUCAUAUUCAAAAUUCAAUGCAAUAUUUUGUUGUUCACUUAUGAGUUUGUGUCUGUUAAAAUGAAUAAAAUAUGCGGUGGCUCUUUCUGAUCGUUUUCAAGCUGGGUCACAAUUAUCCAUUUAUCCACAAGCAUACAAAUCCAAAUUCCAGGUUGUUGUUUUCCAGAUGAAAGGAGACUCCAAACUGCACACCAGGACUAUUUUUUUCUCCCCAGACACCUGCCCCCCAUUUGCCUAUAGCCUAAAUGUUCUAAACAUUGUUGCAAGUGUUAACAUUAGAGCAUUUUUCAGACGUCUAUAAAUAUGAGACGCUCCAGCACGCGCGCAAACUCUGCGCAUUUCUUCUCCAAAAAUGACAACAACGCAAAGACAAGUCGGCGUCCAGAGCUCCCUCCUCUCUGACGGGGACUGCUUCGACAUGUGGCAUGACUACAUGAACCUGGGCAGAAUGCUGGUGAGGCUGUGCGACAGGCGUGAGGGGGACCACAGAGACACCAAGGGGCCCAAGAAAGAAGCACCGGCGCGGUGGAACCACAUCCAAACCUCUCGACGGGAGCUCAGCAGAAACUCCUCAGAGAGUAGUUCCGUCAGCAGUCUGUCGGACAACAGCUGCUACGGGACUUCUCCGGACUUCUGCCGCUUCUGUAAGCAGAACGGGGAGUCUGCAAGGGUGUACCGGUCACACAAGCUGAAAUCAGACGACGGGAAAGUCCUCUGCCCCAUCCUCUGGAACUACACCUGUCCCAUCUGUGAAGCCACCGGAGACCGCGCCCACACGCGCCGGUACUGCCCGCAGGCGCAGCGCCAGGAUGCUGCGGGGAUGCUGCCGAGGUUCUGGUAACUUGACAGUGAACACUGAAAUAUUGAUGGCGCUGAAAAGACUGUACAUAAUUACCCAAAAUUGUUUUGGCCAUGUGUUCAUGUUUACAUAGACGGUUGUAAGUUCCCAAGUUGUACAGAAAUGUGCAGUUUAAUGUGAAAUGUUUCAUGUUUAGUGUUGUUUUUGCAUUCAAAUGCGUUACUGUCAUUCUGCUGCAGCCUGGUCUGCAGAGUUUCAUCACCGACCUGUCCAGCGUUAUAAAAAAAAAAAAAAACAUGUAAUCAAACCUGUAAAAACUUCUGUCAAUAGCAUUAACAUUAACAUUUUGGAAACUACAAAACUAAAAGUGCUUUUGUAUGCAUUA